AACGCAGUAAAUAGGAGUUGUUUCCUUUCCAGGGCCCAUCCAUUUUCUUCUUCCGCGUCGUGUUCGACAAGGAGGUGAGGACCGCCAUCCGCUACUUUUGCUGCCGUAAGAAGAAAGACUCCAUGGCUGGGACCAAGUCCAUGACUUCGUCCUAUAACUGCGCUAAUAGUUACUCGGACGGCAGAAUGUACCGGCCCCAGUUUGGGGAGUCCAGCAUCUCCCUCAACAGUACGCUGCGUUCGGGGAAGAGCCAGCAGAGUUACAUCCCUUUUGUCCUGAGGGACGACUCUGGGCUACACAACAGUCAGGCCCACAUGGCACUGAACGAGAACGACUCGCUGUAUCACAAAGUCAAGCAGCCUGGGGAAGACCAGGACUCCGACUCUGACAGCGACCUCUCUCUGGAGGACGACCAGAGCGGCUCCUAUGCAUCCACUCAUUCCUCAGAUAGUGAUGACGAAGAGGGUCCUUACCCACCUGAGGCAUGCUGGGAAACCUUGGCAGCAGAGCUUCCUGUUCCUCACAACUCGUACAAAGACAAUAACCUAAGUCAGCCUUACUGGCCAGGCGAAUUUGUUACCACAGCCAGUGAGAGCGAGGGCACAGAGAGGCUGAGAGUGCAGACGCUGACCAGUCCAGAGCUCAGCCUGAGUCAGGACAAGGGCCCAGUACUGGAAGUUCAGGGUAAAGACAACGGUGCUGCGAUCCUGCCCAGCCUACCCAAACCCAGCGCACAGCCACACAAAGGAAUUCUGAAGAAGAAAAGCCUCCCCACUCCUGUGGAAAAGAAUGCCAUCAACCGCAUCCACAACGAGCUGUCAGUCAGUGCCCAGGGACCGGCCUCCUCCAGGGGUUCUUCCUCUAGUGAUGGUCAUGGGGGUGGGUCCAGAGCAAGUCCACAGGAAAAACUUAACGGGGGAGCUCCUGUCAGUGCAGUUGUCAAGGCACAGACUGCAGAUGAAGACUCGACCGCUUCAGAGUCAUAAAGUGUCCAGCCUCUACAUCGUGCUGGGAUGGAGAGACCAGCAAGGGCUGCUGUGAUAGGACCUGAACUGGCUCACGCUCUCCUUCCCUUUGACUGACAUGGGUGCCAAAUCCCUCUGCCCCUAGCUGGACCAAGCUGCUGUGUGUGGACCUAGAGUCGGUGAUUUCUGUUCAUUUGGUUUCUGUUUACAAGAAAGGAUUGAUGCACUUUUUAUUUUCUUCAGUUUAGAUGGAUAUGCUGGGAAUCAACUGGAAUUUUUUUAUAAUGUAAAAACUUUUCAUGAACCUAAACACUGAAUUUUUUGGACUUUUUGGCUUUUUACCAGUUUUAAACAACAAACUUAAAACAUUCAGGGAUUUUUCUACAAUACCACUGUUUGUGAUGGAUAAGCGUAGAUGUGUUUACUUUUAAAUGGCAUAAGGGCUUGUUUGCUUUGGAAAUACUUUAACCUGUUAACUGGACUGUCUUAUACAGCUGUCCAUAAUGCAGGUCACUUUCCAGAGUUCCUUGGGGUCUUUGAAUAUUCCCUGUGGUUCAUAUGGAGGAGUUCCAAGGAAGGGCUUCUAUUGGC